AUGAAGAUAUCAGCUGACGGUAAAAAUAUUCCUAAGAAGAAAGUAAUUGAAGCUAGAAUUACUCUAAUCGGAACCGAUAACUCAGUUACGAUAACGGAUUUGAAAAGUGCACAAAAUCUAUCAGCGAGGAGAGAGCUUAAAUUGGUAAAAAUACAAGAUGAAGAUUCGAAAACACGGCGCCCCGUCUACAAGUUCAUGACUAAUGCUGAAUACCAUGAAGAAGAAUUAUCCCGGAGAAAAGAGAAACUAGAAGCAAAACAGAAUAACCUUAUAAAGGGGCAAAAAUUGCUAACUCUUUCAUCAAAAAUUGCAGAACAUGACUUAAUGACAAGAAUAAAAAAUAUUGGAAAAUUACUUGACAAACAGUAUGAAGUGAGAGUUAUUAUAUCUGGAGAUGAGAGAGAAGAUAAUCCCAGUUUUGAAAGAAUUUAUUCAGUAAUGGAAAAAAAUCUUCAAUCAUGUGGUACAAUUGUCCAAAAAAGACAGAAAGGCAGUACUCUCCGAUUUAAUUUACUUCCAAUGCGAAAGAAUUCCUCGAGUAGUAAAAAUCCAAGUUCUAAUAAAAAUAGUAAUAGUGACGGUGCCAUAUGA